GCAACACCGAAAUUCGCGAUCCAGGUGGUCCAGUGUGAACUUGUGCGUUUCGGACGACUUCGACAACCCCGACAUUCGACAACAAAUUUCACCACCGUCUCCCCGGAACUGUCGACCGAAGCCUUCGCCAUGGCCGAUAUCGAUGUCAAGCUCGCUCAAUGGAAGCUCGUUGAAGUUGGACGUGUGGUCCUGAUCCGCCGCGGUCCCUUCACCGGAAAGCUGGCCACCAUUGUCGAAAUUGUCGACCACAAGCGUGUCCUGGUCGACGGUCCUUCCACCGAGGAGGCCAAGAUUGUCCCUCGCCACGUCCUCCCUCUCUCCCACGCUACUCUCACCCACUUCGUUAUCCCCAAGCUCCCCCGUGCCGCCGGAACCGGCCCCGUGAAGAAGCUCUGGGCUCAGAACGAGAUCGAUGGCAAGUGGGCUAAGAGCACCAUCUCCCAGAAGACCGACAACAACAACCGACGGAAGAACCUGACCGACUUCGAGCGCUUCAAGGUUCUGAGACUCAGGAAGCAGGUAUGUUACGAUAUCGCAUCUGGAGGGAUGAACGAGUGACAUGGGAAAAAAAAAAUGGGGGAAAGCCCGGGCAUGUCAGGACGAUAUGCGAUGUCAUUUGCUAACUUGCGGUAUCUACAGGCUCGCUUUGAGGUCCAGAAGGCUCACGCUAAGAUCCGCGCGGCUGCUCCUAAGGCAUAGAUGGUUAAUGGGGCUCGGUGCAUAGAGUG